UGAAAAGUAAUUGUUAUUAAUAUUAUAUUCAUAACAAAAAAGUCAUAUUUUGUUUUCACUUCAUUAAAAAUGCACCUACCUACCUACCUACCUACCUUUUAAAACAUUUUAUUUUAUAUUCUAUUUGGUCAACAUUUUCGCAUUUAAAAUGACCCAGCGAAAUUGUUUUACGGUACGCUACUGCUGAGAAUUCUAAAACGAGUGAGAAAGCCUUCAUUAGAAAGAGAUACUGAUUAUAUGAUAGCGAGAUUAAUAUUGUAUAACUUUAUGCAGUGGUGGCCUAUCUGCUAUUAUAUUAUCUAAGUGUUAAACGGAGAUUAAAAUGACAUUGUUAAUGUAAAAAUAUCAUUUUAAACUCCGUUUAACACAACGGUGGAAUCGGUCCUUAGUAAACUCACAUGCGAAAAUUAUUGGGCAAUCCAAAUCACGUGACUUUUAAUGGUGCAAGUUUAGUUUUUUUCUGUGUUUAGUUGAAAGGCAGCAAAAAAAUAAUAUAUAUUAAGAAUAAUAUUUACAAAUAACUUUCAAACGCUAAUAAAUAAGUCAGGCCAACAAACUUUAUUGUUUGGUUCUCUUCAAAAGAAGAAAAAGAAAGGUUAAGUUUUUGUUUUAUUUACAUUGUUUUAUGUUAACAGUGAUUUGUUUUAUAAAAUGGAUUUUUAUAGAAGAAAUAUGUUAGUUGCAUCUGCAGCAUUACUAAUAUUGUUAAUACUAAGAAGGAGGCGGAGACAGAGAAGGAGAAGAAGGGCAAAGAGGUUGAGGCAUCGUACUCGGCAAAUACAAAGACGUAAAGUUUUAUUGGAAGCUGUGGAUCCGGAAUAUUUAAAACGUUCUUCGCAUCAAGAACUAGAAGACGCAGAUGAUGAGUUCGAAGAAGAUUUGGCUCUGAUGUCGGGAAAAAAACCUGAAAAAAAUAAGAAGUUGGUCAAAAAAUCUAAUCAAAUUGAUAGCGAAGAAGAUUCUGACAGUGAAUCAGAUGAGACUAGCAGUGAAGAUUCUCUCAGCGAAUCUGAUGAAGAUGAAGAAGACGACGAUGAUGAUGAGGUUGAAGAUGAACAGGAGGAAAAUGAUUCAAUUAAUAGUGAACAUUCAGGAGAGCCAGAAGUAGAUUUUGACUCUGAAGAAAUGAGCAUUGAUGAGGAAAAAGAAGAUAGUAUUAGUAAUAUAUCGAAUUCAAAAAAUAACGUAUUGAAAAAUGAUAAAUUAACAUCAAUAGAAACAAAAUCGGUUAAAAGAAAAGCAGAAGAAAUUCAGAAAAGUUCCAAAAAAUCAAAAUUGACAGCUCCAGAAGACGAAAAUAGCGAUAUUGCAGAAAAAGAUGGCGUCGAUGAAUUGAGUGAUCAAAAAAGUUACAAUUCUGAAGAAGCUAGUGAUGAAAAUGAUGAUUUUGAAGAAAACAGUGAUGGGGGUGAAGAGAUUCGAAAGGGAGCCGUAAAACAAUUCCCUGAUGGUACUUGGGAGGACAUUUAUGGUCGGUUGAGAGCUAAAGAUGGGACGGUUAUUACAAAAAGUACAACUCAGUCGAAAUAUAUUCCGCCAGCAAUGAGGGAACAAAUGAACAAGAGCCAACCUGAGGACAAAAAACGUCAGGAGAAACUAAACCGUUUGAAAAAGCAAUUGAAAGGAUUAUUAAACAGAUUGGCGGAAUCGAACAUGCACGGCAUAGCGACACAGAUCGAGGAACUUUACAUGAACAACAGCAGAAACGAUAUGAACGAUACGUUGACGAAUUUGAUCAUGGACUCAUUGGUAACUGAAGUUCUUUCACCGGAAAGACUCUUAAUUGAACAUGUUGUUCUUUUGACGGUAUUGCACGCAAAUGUGGGCACAGAAGUAGGGGCGCAUUUCUUGCAACGGAUCGUUAGAAAUUUUGACGAAUCUCUGCACGCCGCUCACGAAGUCGAAAACAAAACGCUCGACAACGCGGUACGAAUCAUCGCUCAAUUGUACAAUUUUAAAUUGUUCGAUUCAAAAUUAAUCUACGAGGUGUUGCGAAAAUUGGCCGGCGGCUUUAAAGAGAAGGACGUCGAAUGUAUUUUGCACGUGCUGCGAAUGGUCGGUUUCGGUUUGAGGAAGGACGAUCCUUUGGCCUUGAAGGAUUUGAUUUUGGAGUUGCAGCAUCGCGCGAACGAGGCAACGGACGAAGAAAAAGAUAACUCUCGUGUGAAAUUCAUGUUGGAUAUACUGUUGGCUAUAAAAAAUAAUAACGUGACGAAAAUUCCGAAUUACGACGUUUCGUACUCGGAACAUUUGAAGAAGGUCAUGAAGGGUUUCAUCAGAAAAGGAAAUUACGUUACGGUGCUAAAUAUAUCUUUAGAGGAUUUACUUAAAGCUGAUGAAAGAGGUAGAUGGUGGGUGGUGGGUUCCGCAUGGAUAGGAAACGAUUUAGAUAAUAGAGAGAAAUCGGAUAAAUCCUCCACCACGUCCGAGGUGUAUUCCUCAAAAUUAAUGGAACUAGCCAGGAAGCAAAGGAUGAAUACGGAUAUCAGGAGGAAUAUUUUUUGCAUAAUUAUGUCUGCUGAGGACUAUUUGGACGCUUUCGAAAAACUCCUCAAAUUGGGUUUGAAGAAUGCUCAAGAAAGGGAAAUCAUUAACGUCCUCUUGCAUUGCUGCUUACAGGAAAAGUCCUACAAUCCCUAUUACGGUUUUUUAGCCCAAAAAUUCUGUGAUUUUGAAAGAAAGUAUCAGUUGACUAUAAAAUAUUCGAUAUGGGAUAAAUUGAAGGCCAUCGGUGACCAUUCCGGACCACAAUUAUCGAAUUUGGCGAAAUUGUUAAUACACUUGUUCGUAGAAAAGGGUCUACCAAUUUCCAUACUUAAGGUUGUACAAUUCAGCGAACUGGACAAAACGACUCUGCGUUUCAUGCGCCAAAUACUGCUGGGAAUUCUUUUACAUAAAGACAUGGAGUGUUGCGUUUCCGUAUUCGCGAGAGUGUCACAAUCGGAUAAAUUAAAAUUGUUCAGGGAAAGUCUGAGGUUGUUCAUCCAUCAUUUCUUGUUGAGGAACCUCAAAACCGAUAAAAUUCCCGAAGAUGAAAAGACGUUGAUCGAAGGUCGGGUGAAAAUCGUGGAAAAAGUGUUGACUUCCAAAAAUGUUAAAAUUAUUUAAUAGAUUUGUUUUUGUUAA